AAGAUGACAAAAAUAAACUUCAUUUUCUAACAUUGGAGAAGACGGAAGAGUCUGAGAUGGAAGCUUUGUGGCUGGCUCUUGUGUUUACUUGGAUUUGUUCUAGAAGUGGGUCUAAUGGACAGCUCAAUGUAACCCAGAUCUCAGGUGAUUGGCAUACCAUUGCCAUAGCAGCCACAGAAAUUGAUGUGAUUACCGAUGAUGGACUGUUGAAACUGUUUUUCCGUCACCUUGAGUGUUCUAAACAAUGCAAAGAAAUCAUCCUGACAUUCUAUGGCGAGGUAGAUGAAGAAUGUGAAAAGUUUGAAGUCAAAGCACAGAACCGCUACUUAGAUUGGUUUACUUUUACCUAUUCAGGUGAUCGUUACUUUAAGAUUAAAUAUGUAUCAAGUGCAAGUAUGAUAAUUUUUGGUUACUAUUUGAAGGAUGAAUUAUAUUCAAAAUAUGUAUUCAUUUUGCUUGGGAAAGGAAAUAGUGUGAGUGAAGCAGAUCAACAGAAAUUUACAGAUGCUUAUAAUAGUAUUGGAAUGUCAAAGGAGAAUGUAAGAUACCUGCUUGAUAAAGAUAUUUGUCCUAAAUAAAGACAUGCACACCUUGGAUGAUAUUAUAAAGAAUAUUUGAAAUUGUAACUUCUCAAUGGUAAUAGAUUCAUCUCUGUGAAGUCUAAUUAUUCUGCUUCCCAUCCUAUGAAGACAUAAAUCCUGAUCUAUUGCUUUCUUUCCAUCCUGAAUGUAUUCCUGUAUGAUGUUCCUUACUUCCUGAUUAAAUUGAUACCAUAUGCAUAAA